GCCGCUGAGACGAGAGAGAGUCACCGUUCCCGGCCGACAGUCAGACGAGAGACGCGCCGCGAGAAUUCACACUGCGAGAGACGCGCGCAGUUCCCGAGAGUGUUCUCCCCCACGUUCGAGCACAUGCGCGUAUCUCAUCUGACCACAUACUACAACGCGAUACUCGAGAAUAAAUCCUUUUUCCGUCGUACCAAGUUACUCCGGGGAAAAAAACGUAACCAAAAAAAAACAUCCUCCACUACGAGAAUAAAGAACAAAACGAUAAUAAAACCCGCGAGAUUAAACAACCCCCUCGAACAACAUUCGAGCCCGCGUCUCUGUGCAUGUGUUCUUUCGUCUAUCUAUGUGUAUUCGUGUAUUUUAUCCUCCCCAAAAUUCUGAGUCCCGAACUACCGCCGGCUGGACCUUCCAGUUGAAUCCACGUGAAUCUUUCAUCGCCUGUAACCUCGACGAACGCGAUACGAGUUCGUGCUCUCUUAUCCUCUGACAAAUGUCAAAUUAGUUUUGCCCAUUGAAAGCCUACGAGCGUGGAAUAUAAUAAACUUCGGUCGAUAAACAUCCGUGAUUCCCAGUGUACUCUGUGCCUAAGAGCUGUUAUUGUUUUUCCUUUGUUUUUUUUUCUUUUUUUUUUUAAAUUUUCUCCUGUUUUUCCUGUCUUCGCUCGACUCUUGUGUCCCAGUGUUGCCAUACGAAGAUCCAAUUUCUUCGUGUGCCCAGCCGACGGUUUGCUUUACAGACCAUGUGUCCACGUGCCAGCUCAUUAUUACGAUUGUGGCUAGAAAUUAUUGAGGGUGUUCCAUCCACGUGCCUGCUCAUGUACCAAAAGGUCUGAAACCUCAAAGUCCGGGUGUGGUGUCAGUGUCAUUAUUUCGUUGUCAAACGCGAUGGUUUGCGAUGACACUGCUGCUUGACAUCGCUGGUCAAUUGAGCGGACAAAUGAACCGUUCGCAAUGACCCUCCGCGACGAUUUGGACAAUCGUGAAGAACGUUGAGGUCGAACGAGUAUCGUUUGAUGAACGGAAAACGUGCUCAACCGGUUAUGAACUUUGAGCCACUCGCGUUUUUCUGUUCCGACAUUUAUCUGGAAAAUGUUUGUCCGCCGAGUAGUUGAACAGUAAAAACACAACGUGCAAGAAAGAAACUCCAAUGUUAUUGUGAAAUUGGAGGAUCCGGAGAAAAGCUCGUUCGAGACAGAGCGUGUUAAGGAACAAGGAAUACAAGAAGAUUGUCGCAGCUGAAAUUUACAACGCGGCCGAAAGAAGCCUCUUGCGGAGCUAACAAGUCGCGUUUAUCUGGUCCCGACGAUCGUGAAAGAGUGGCAACCAACCAGGACGUGGAGCAUUACUGGCUUGGCUCCUCUUUACCCUCCCCGCCGGUGAAACACUCUCCGCCGAGACUCGGACUGUCCAUGUUUUACCGCGGGAUGACCGUGGGAAGAUUGCUGGUGGCCAGAGAAGGACACUAUCGUCGUUGUCUCGUUGCUACGACUCGGAGAGCAGGAUAACCGUGCAGUUGACCUCAACGGGGACCUUAAAAGUAUCUUUCUAGUGGUGCUUGUUCGUCUGAUCCCUUCGCGGAAACCCGCUGUCAAACUCCCUUUUUAACCCUCAAUUUUCCGAGGGAUUUGAAGCUCCCGUUAAAUGAAAUUCAGUGCAAGUGUCUAAAGCUUUCGCUUCGUGAUUCGCGACUCAUCAUCCACCGAGCUGAGUGUUUCUUUCGUGCUGAAUAAAAUAUAUUCAUCAUUCGAAAAUCAAGCUAAAAACGAGAGGCUGUGCUUGUAGCGUCGGACGCCAUCUCCGCGUUACCGGCAGUAUCCAGGUCCCCCGGUCCCCCCCUAACCACUUCGGCGUCUCGCACCCUCAGCGGGAACCACCCCGCGAAAGCAGCCACCCUGAUGGGAGUGUAUGAGGAACGCGCCCCUCCUACCACCGGCAUGCACUGGCCGCCGAGCUCACAGGAGCGUGGCAGCGGCUUGGCUUUGGGCUGUCAAGGUGGGCCAGGUAGCGCGGGGGGGCCCGGAGCAGUGGACCAGGCAAGAGACCUAAGCCCAUGCCUCCCCGCGUCGAUGGGCGACGCCGCACGACCGACGACCCUUCCGUGCAGCCCUCCCGCGGCCCACCACCACCACCAUCAUCAUCACCAUCAUCCGUCUCAUCGAACACCGCUUCAUCAAACCCAUUGCGGCACGAACAACAAUUGCUAUGAUGGAUCGACCACCCCCUACGACUCCAGGGAUUAUGGUUCACCAGGAGGUGCGCCGGAGUUCCGGAACAGCGGAAACUACGACAACGCCAGUGAUCUCAGCGCACCAGCCCAAACGACGCCCCACCACCAUCACCAUCACCAUCACCACCACAACGAGCCCCAACAAAAUCACCAUCUCCAUCACCAGACACAGAUUCAUCAACAAACGGAGCGAUGCACGAACAACGACGAUUCACAUCCCGUACCAAAACUCGAACCACCCCCAACCCCACCAGCCCAAUCGGAAGACGUUCCCGGGGUCGUUUGCGCUGGCUGCGGACUCAGAAUAGCCGACAGGUUUUACUUGCAGGCUGUCGAUAGGCGGUGGCAUGCCUCAUGCCUACAGUGCUCCCACUGUCGACAAGGCCUCGAUGGUGAAGUCACUUGCUUCAGCAGGGACGGUAACAUCUACUGCAAGAAGGACUACUAUCGAAUGUUCGGAAGUAUGAAAAGAUGCGCCAGAUGUCAAGCAGCGAUUCUCGCCUCGGAGUUGGUGAUGCGAGCAAGAGAGCUCGUUUUCCACGUAAGAUGCUUCUCGUGCGCGGCUUGCGCGGUGCCCCUCACUAAGGGCGAUCAUUUUGGAAUGAGGGACGGUGCCGUACUCUGUCGUUUGCAUUAUGAGAUGGGCGCCGAGCUUCAUCCCUCCCAAAGUCCACCCGUGCCCGUCUAUCCGCCUGGACCCCAACAUUACCCCGGUCAACCUUUCCCCUCGCCCGAAUUCUUACAUCACCAUCCUCACGGGCCUGCUCAACAUCCCACCGUGCCAAGCCAUCCCCAUCACUCGAUGCAUCCUCAACAUCCUCAUCAACUCACCCACGCCAGUCCUGUCCCUCUUCAACCUUCAACACCCUCCGGACCUGACGGCGGAUCACCACCCAAAGUACCGUAUUUCAAUGGCGCUGCCGCUAAUAACGCGGUUCCACCGCCUAGACAAAAAGGACGACCGAGGAAAAGGAAACCCAAAGAUCUCGAAGCUAUGACUGCCAGUCUCGAUCUAAACUCGGACUACAUCGACAUGCCUUUUGGCAGAGGCGGACCAGGCACUCCUGGCAUGCCCGGCUCUAACAGCCGGACUAAACGCAUGAGAACGAGUUUCAAACAUCAUCAGCUCAGAACCAUGAAGAGCUACUUCGCUAUCAAUCACAAUCCUGACGCGAAAGAUCUCAAACAGUUGUCACAGAAGACUGGAUUACCAAAGAGGGUGUUGCAGGUGUGGUUUCAAAACGCUCGGGCAAAAUGGCGGCGAAUGGUGCUCAAGCAAGAAGGCAAAUCGGACAAGUGCGGCGGUGUCGACGGCGGUUCGAUCGGCGACCUUGAGCUUUACGGGAACAGCGCCGGCAGCGGUGGACCACCGAUGAGUCCGCCAUUCAUGCUCGGCGGAUCUCACAGCCCUGCGUCCCUCGCCUCCUUGGACUGCGCGUGAUGGCCGUGAUGUUCUUCUUAAGCGGGUUUAACACGUUCAAGGGCCUCAUGAAAAUAAGAAUAUCACGAAAGUACGCGAAUCGAAAAUGAAUUUUUUGCCUCCACAUUCGAAUCCACACCGCGAGCCGAUCAGCCGCUCCCAUUCUGGACCUUCGCGCAUCGGGACUCGGAGGUUUUCCCUCUUUUUCGAACUGGUGGCUACCGAAAAGUUGACUCGAAACGAACAAUUUCGUUGUGCCCCUUAAAAAGAUGGGUCUUUGUACAAAUAAAUUUGUACUCAAGUCCGACUCUCAGUCGCCGUUACGGAAAGAAAACGACGUUUAUUCGUCGAGAACAAGGUGAGAGAAACACGGACCCUUAUAAUGAUCGUUUAUUCGUAGUCCACGUGUUUCAAUUGUCGCUGUGAAUAUUUAUUGAAAAAUUCCAAGGUUUUUCGGUGAGAAAUAUCUUGAAAUAGAACUUUAAUGGACUGCCUGAGGAUCAUAUAAAAUAAAAUAAAAAAAAAAAAAUAAAAAAAAUGAUAAAAAAAAAAAGCAAACAAACAAACUUCAGACAUCACGCUGUACUAUAUUAUGUAUAUGAAUAAAAAUAACAUAGCGAGCGAUAGACUCUUAUACAUAUGAAUAUAAAUAUAUAUGCAUAUAUAUUUAUUGUAGAACGAGACACGGGAACGUGGUCUCGGACGUAUCAAGCCCGUUUCAGCAGGCCAGAGAUUUUUUGUUUUUUACUUUUAAUCGAGUCUACCCCCGAGACGUAAUGAAUUUCCUUGAAUAAUAUGCGAUGAGAAAUGAAAUCGGAUAAAAGGAAUGAUUCCUCGACGAAAAAUAAUGAAAUCCCGCGAAAGGCUAUGACCGUCUGCAGGAACAAACGUAUGUGUGUGUGUGCGCGAACGAUGAAUAUUUAUUGUUUUGUUGAUUCUGAAAGAGAGCGUGUGAUACAAUUGGUUGCGAAUGAAAAAAAUGAAGGAAAGAUCCAUCUUUCGUAUUUUUUCGAUCGAAUUCAACGACUCGUUUUUAUUGUUGAAAUACAUUUUCAAUAUUUAUUAUUAAUAUUUAUUCAUCAUCCGAAGUAUUUCAAUGUUUUACAUCCCCGUACGUCAUUCGUGUGUCGCUUCGCUCCGGCACUUGCGAUUGAAAAUUAUCGAUAAAGCUGCUUUUCGACCAAUCGAUUUAAAUCUCGUUGCAGUGGAUAUUGAAAAUUUCAGCAGUACAAUUUAGCCGGUGUUCUCGAUCGAUGUGGUACGAUAAAUAUUUAUUAAAUGUAUUUUAAAGAUAUAUAGAAUAUAUGUGAAAAAUUCAAAGGUACGAAAAUAAGCGAAGAGGAUUAAAAGUAAUGAGAAAAUAACGCGCGACCGUCAACACUGUAAUUAUAGUAGUAAAAAGUUAUAUUCGAAUCCAGUCAACCGAAGGAGCAUGGGCCGCGCGACAAUUUCACUGCGUAUAGAACCUAUAAAUAUAAAUAAAGAAUAAAUAUAUAUAUAUAUAAACAUGAAUAUAAAUCUGUAAAUAAAAAAUACGUUCCUCCAACUUGUUAAGAACAUAAAAACAAAAAAAAAAUAAUAAUAAAAAACGAAAAAAAAAAAACGAAUUAACUUACACUCAACACACGUAUAUAUACAAAGAAACAACACACCGCUAGGUUUUUUUUUAGGGACGAAAUUAAUAAUUGCAUUAGGUAGCGGUCGUAAUAGUUAAAAACAAAAUGGUAAUAACGUUUCAUCGUUAUUAUAAAAGUACUAUGGUAAAACUAUUAAAGUGUAACAACGGAACGAAACGAUUGUCUAAUUUUACAAGAUGACCUUUUUGCAUUGAAUAUAUUUUGACAAUAUUCGCUCUGGA